CCAGCACAUCACUCUUCCCGCCCAUCCGCAUCUUUUUCUUCUCGUCUACUUGACUGCACAAGCACGCGCAGCGGACCGCCUGGAGCGAAAAACGGCAGACACGGCAGACGCACGGGAGACGGCACAGCACGGCUUUGACACGCACGCUCGAGAGUGAGACAGUAGGCCUAACGGACGGCACGAAAUUCCAAACGCGACAUUAGACCGGACCUCGGACUGCCAUAUCGGCCAUAUCUGCCAUGGAGAAGAAGAGUGACGACCCGCGGCCAGUGCCCGCCGAGCGGCCAGUAUUCGGCCUGUCCCGGCGUGUAUGGUACCUCCUCGCAGGGUGUUUCGGCCUGAUGAUAUUCUCGCGCCUCGUCUUCCCACCCUCCUCCUCCUCCCUCACGGGGCACUACUCGACGUCGCGCGGCCUGCUCACCGCGGCCGACUACCUGAAUGCCAGCGCAUCCGAGCCCGCCCCCUUUGCGUUCUGCCCCGACUUUGGGCCUGACGACGCUGUCGCGGCCAAGCGCGGCCAGGUCGCCCUCCUCAAGUCGCGCCUGCACCUCGGCACGGGUGCGCGCGUCCAGCGUCUGAUCCACAAGGCCAUGACGGGGCAGCCCGUGACCGUGUCCGUGCUUGGGGGAAGUAUCACGGCAUGCCACGGCGCCGGCGACGACCCGGUCUCGCCGCGCUGCUGGCCGUCAAAGUUCUUCGAGUGGUGGAACGGUGUAUUCCCCCACCCGCUCAGCCAGCUGUACAACGGCGCCGCGCGCCUCACCGACUCGGCCUACUUUGCCUACUGCUCAAAGCACCAUAUGCCGGACCAUGCCGAUCUGGUGAUCCUCGAGUUUGACGCCUCGGACCCGAACGACCCACUGUGGAUGAACCACUUCGAGCUCCUUGUGCGCUCGAUCCUCACGCGUCCCGAGCAGCCCGCCGUCAUCCUCCUGGGCCACUUUGCGCCCCAAGUCCUCGUGCAGAACAAGUUCACCGGCCCCGAGAUGCUGCACGACAUCGUCGCGCAGUUCUACGACGUCCCGCACAUCUCCAUGAAGGGCGCCUUGUACGCCGACUACAUGUCCGACCCGGAGGGCACGCGCCAAGCAUACUACUCGGACAUGGUGCUGGCGUCGCCGGCGGGCCACGACAUGCUCGCCGAUCUGCUCAUCAGCUACUUCCAGAGCCAGAUCUGCGCGGGCUGGGCGACGACCAUGGGCCACGCCUUCGACGUGCCGUACAUGGGCGCGGGGCAGUCGUCGGGCGUCAACCCCCUGCUGAACGUCGACGCGGACGACCUCGAAGCGCAGGGCGGCGGUCUCGCAGCCAAGGCGCGCGCGAUGCGGGUGCCGCCUGCGCGCCUCGCCAACCGCCCCUCGGACAUCCUCACGUUCCGCGAGGCCGAGCCGUACUGCGUCAUCGCGAACGAGAUCGUCAACCCCAUCCCGCCGAGCCACUUCUUCGGCUCGGGAUGGCAGACGUACAAGCCCGUCAACGAGGGCCCAGAGGUCAAGGCCUACUGGUGGUCCGAAGUCGGCGGGAGCCGCAUGCGUGUGCCCAUCAAGACAUCCGCCGGCGACGUCGCUAUCUACUACCUCCAGCACCCUGAUAGCACGGCGAGCGGGCGCGUCGCUUGCUGGGUCGACGACGACUUUGGGAACCGCGUCGAGCUCAACGGCAUCAACAAAAACGUUGGGCAGCCCACCCCAACGCUCACUACUAUCAACGAGGGUGUCGAGGCGGGCGACCACUAUGUCGAGUGCCUCGUACUUGGCAAGGAGGGCGCCAAACUGCCGCCUUUCAAGAUGAUGGGAGUGUUUGCCACCUAGACACGCGCGCUUGCACUCACCACCUUCACUCUAGACUCCAUCUCUGCACCGUAGCCUUGUGCCCAUUUCAUGGCUUGACAAUGUCCCGUACAUGCACUGGGUUUUUCGUUCGCUGCCUCUGCAUCAUCACAAGUCAGUCACAUCCCGUCUACCGUCUAGCGACUCGCGAGCACGACUCCAUCGCGCUCUGACCAAUCUAUAAACACGAAGGCGGGGUGAUGCAGGACGUCUGGUGGUACAAACGGAAACAUGAGAUAUCGUGGUCCCCGCGAAAUUGGGGGGGCCAGCGACAGGACGAGCGCCCUGGCGCAUGGGAUCAUUGCUCAGCGCGCGUAAAUGAGCAAAAGAGAUAUAGAGUAUUAGAUCAGGAGGGGGUGGU